GUGUGUGAGAGAGGGGGCCAGUGGAAAUAGAUAGAAAGGAAAAAGGAGUGAGCGCACAAUAUUUGACUGACUGAGUCACUCAGGACAGUUGUAGAGUGAUCUGAAGAGUUCACAGAAACAGAAGAAAAAGAAGAAGAAGAUCCAACUCUAAAUACAUCUCCCCUGCAGUUGGCACUUGUUUUCAUUUUUCCUUUAAAAAAGAAAGAAAGAUUUUUUUCUUUCUCUCUCUCUCUUAGAAGUGUUGUUGGACAUGCAAACAAGAGGUGACAUGUUGACCAUGUUUUUUCUGAUGCUCCAGUUGGUCACUGACGGCUGUGGCAGUACCAGUGGCAGUGGCAGCAGUGGUAGCAGUACCAGUGGUGGGUCCAGGGCAGCGAUGGCGCGUGCUCCCUCCCAGGGUUCCCCUGUGCCCGCCGGUAGCGGCAGCGCCAAUCUGUGCCCCUUGGCAUGCCAAUGCCAGGAAGAUGGGAUUCUACUGAUAGUGGACUGCUCCGAGCUUGGACUAUCCAGCGUGCCCGCCAACUUCAGCCCGCUGACGUCUUACCUGGACUUGAGCAUGAACAACAUCAGUGAAAUCCAGCCCAACGCAUUCCAUAACCUUCACUUCCUCUCAGAACUGCGACUCUCUGGCAACCACCUGAGAUGGAUCCCAGGUCCCGUGUUCCAGGGCCUCUAUAACCUCAAAGUCCUGAUGUUGCAAAACAACCAGCUGGAGAAGCUACCUAGCGAGGAUCCUUGGGACCUACCCAACCUGCUGUCCUUGCGUCUAGAUGCCAACCUGAUAAGUGAGGUGCCACCCCAGGCAUUCUCCGGUCUGCGUUCACUGCGUCAUCUGUGGCUUGAUGACAACGCGUUGACGGAGAUCCCGGUGGCUGCCCUGGGCAACCUCAACUCUCUGCAGGCCAUGACACUGGCACUCAAUCGCAUCACACACAUCCCAGACAAUGCCUUCCGAAACCUCUCUAACCUCGUUGUGCUGCAUCUUCACAACAAUAUGAUCAAAACACUGGGGCAGAACUGCUUCGAGGGACUGUACAGCCUGGAGACUCUAGAGCUGAACUACAAUGAUUUACAAGAGUUCCCUGUGGCUAUUCGGACUCUGGCGAAACUUCAGGAACUGGGUUUCCACAACAACAACAUCAAGGCCAUUCCUGAGAGGGCCUUUGAGGGGAACCCGCUGCUCCAAACCAUAAACUUCUACGAGAAUCCAAUCCAGUUUGUGGGCAGGUCUGCUUUCCAGUUCCUACCAAAGCUACAUACACUGUCUCUCAAUGGAGCCACAGAAAUACAAGUAUUUCCUGACCUGAAAGGCACCACCAGUCUGGAAAUACUGGCCUUGACCCGGGCAGGCCUCACCACCCUCCCCCUGAGCCUCUGCCAACAGCUGCCCAACCUCAGAUCGCUUGAGCUGUCACACAAUCAAAUCGAAGAGCUCCCAAGCUUUUGCCACUGCCGAUCUCUCCAGGAAAUAGGCCUGCAGCACAAUCUGAUCCAGCAGAUCGAGGCCCACACAUUCCAGCAGCUCUCCUCCCUGCGCUCACUAGAUCUGAGCUGGAACAAGAUCGAGACAAUCCACCCAGAGGCCUUCUCCUCUUUGCACUCACUGGUCAAACUGGACCUGACAGAGAACCACCUGAGUGCGUUGCCCAUGGAGGGGCUGUCCAGCCUGACGCAUAUGAAGCUGAGGGGGAACGUGGCUCUAUCCAGCCUAUUCAGGAAGGAGGACUUCCCCAAGAUCAGGGUGAUUGAGAUGCCCUAUGCUUACCAGUGCUGUGUGUAUGGGGCCUGCAACAGCCACAAGUCCCUUAAUCAAUGGGAUGCGGAGCAGAUCAGUGAGAAUGACGACCUGCACAAGAGGACCGUCGCUCUCUUCCCCAUCCAUGCUGACAACAACUAUGACCCUGACAUGGAUGAAUUUCAAUUAGAAAUCGAAGAGUCCAAACUGCAAACCAGCAUCCAGUGCACACCACUCCCAGGCCCUUUCAAGCCGUGUGAGUAUAUGCUGGACAGCUGGGUGGUUCGUCUGGGCAUGUGGGUGAUAACUCUGAUCUCCCUGGUGGCCAACAGCCUGCUGAUCCUCAGCGUGUUUGCCUCGCCCACCUACCUCUCGCCCGUGAAGUUCGUCAUUGGCACAAUCGGUGGCGCCAACCUCUUGACAGGGCUGUGCACGGGCGCGCUGGCCGCCGUGGAUGUACUGACGUAUGGCAAGUUCGCGCAGCAUGGCGCACGCUGGGAGUCGGGCGCGGCGUGCCAGGCCACAGGCUUCACGUCGGUGCUGGCCUCCGAGGCGUCCAUCUUGUUCCUGACUCUGGCGGCUGUGCAGUGCAGUGUGUCAGUGUCGUGCGUGCGCGCCUAUGGCAAGUCCCCGUCCUUCAGCAGUGUGCGGUUGGCCGCAGUGGCAUGCGUGCUGCUCUCAGUGGCAGUGGCGGCGCUGCCCCUGGCCGGAGUGGGCGAGUAUGGCACGUCCCCGCUCUGCCUGCCAUCGCCGCUGCCCGAGGGGCGCCCAUCCACACUCGGCCUGAUGGUGGCGCUGGUCAUGAUGAAUUCGCUCUGUUUCCUGGUCAUUACGAGCACCUACAUCAAGUUGUACUGGGACCUGAUGAAGGGCGAGUUCAACAGCAUCUGGGACUGUGCAAUGAUCAAGCACGUGGCCUGGCUCAUCUUCACCAACUGCCUGCUGUACUGCCCUGUGGCCUUCCUGACCUUCUCCUCUCUGCUGGGUCUAUUCCCGGUGGCUGAAGAGGUCAUCAAGUCAGUGCUGCUGGUGGUGCUGCCUCUACCCGCUUGCCUCAACCCACUGCUCUACCUGCUUUUCAACCCGCACUUCCACGAGGACGCCCGCCUCUUCUGGAGCCGCGCCAAGGUGGCGCCACCACCCGAGGAGACCCUGGACUCUUUCGUCUCCAUGGAGACAGAGAAGAGCUCCUAUGACUCCACGCAGGCGCUGUUGUCUUUCAACACCAUUGCCAAGGUGGACAGCCUGUUUGAGACGUCGUCAUCAUUGUCAUUGUCAUCAUCCCCCGCCACUGUCGUCGUCACGCCUGCCAUGCUGACCAAGAGAGAGGUGGAGGACCGCUACCCGCCCUGGUCCCCUUCCGUGCCCCUAAUCCCGUGCCAACAGAAGGUGGUGAUGCCCGUGGGUGUGGGUCGGGAGUGUGGGGUUGGGGUGGCGUCGUCUAUGGCAUACCAUGGGUCAAGAGCCAACAAUAACAACGGACAAAACGUGGCGAUGACUAAUUGCAUGUCUUUCCCCGGUGUGGGAGUGUGUCAACCACCAGCAUCUCCCCUUGUGCCCCGUUUGUAAAUCAGCUAUCUGGCCAUCACAGACUUAUUAUAAGGACCAUUUCCAGACAGGGUGAAAGGAAGAGAAACAGAAGGAGGACAAACAAAAAAAAUACUGGAUACUGCAGUGAAUAAACUUUUAACGUUUUGGAAAAUUAUAUGAUGACUGUCUUGAUGAAUGAACAAAUUGAUUGUGUGUUUUUCUCAAGGGAGACAUCAACCAUUGUACUAUUUCACUGUCACAGGGAGUCAAGAUUAAUUUAUCUAUUCAGGAAGCUAUGUUCUAUGGCGACUGAUUUUCGGCACCUACUACACAAGAACUACACAAUAAUGGGUUUUGGUAAAAUUGGGAAAAAAUAAUAAAACAAGAGCAGAGCAGAUAGAUAUUUACAUGUAACCAAGCAACACUGUCCGUGUAUUUCUGAACUUAUGUCUUACAGAGGGAGUUAACAAGCCAUGGUUAUGGGAAUGGAUUAUUAAAUUCAGAUUUUCAUAUGUAGAUAUUAAACCAAAGUCACACUCAACUCGCCCCACACCACAAGGGGAAGGUGAAUGCCUUAAUAAUCUGAAGAUCUGAUAUAUUCAAUGCAUUUCGUCAUUGAUCAGUCUGCUCCACAUGUUAAUAUUUUCUUUCCUCUCUCUGAGGUGACAUCAGUUGAAGUCAGUAGAAAUUUUUAAAUGUUCAUUAUCUUUUUGUUGUUCCACAAAUGCUUUGCACAACCUGUUCUGCCUUGUAUAUUUUACUAUAUAGAAACUGCCCAACCGGAGUAUGAGGGCCUGCAUUUCAAGGGUUUAUCUAGAGAAAUUGUGACAAGACGAACUGUGACAUUUUAUGGGUUCAGAAUGUGUUUUUCAUUGAUAACAUGUCAAGAGAAAAAAAAGUUUACAUGUGUCAUAAAAAGGUUGAAAAGGGAAUUUACUAAAACAAUUCAAUUCCAGACGCUGAAUUGUAGCAAGUUAAGUUGAUUAACAUGUGUAUACCCGUACACCCACAUAGUUCUUCACAAUAACUGCACUGUAGUUGAAUAUGAAAGCAAUCCCUUGACUUGUAUAAUAUGUUAAGUAUGACAGUCUGCAGAAAGUUACAGGAUGCAUUUCCAUAUUUUUCCCAUGUGUUUUAGACUGAUAAGAGAGUGAAUGAGUAGUCAGGUUGGAUGGCCAUCCACAUAUGUGUAUAGUAGGCUAGCUGUUGUUUGUACAGUAUAACUACCUCUGAACUAGCAUGCUAUUACUUUCAUUGUACCCCAAGUGUGUUGAUUCCCUCUUUUUACACAAAUAUGUUAAAUUUAUAUAUAAUUUUAUAUUAAAAAAUGAAUACCAUAGUUUGUAAAACACAAUAUUUUGGAUGUACAUAUUUUCAU